CUCCAGGAAUAAAGACUCGCUCAUUGUCCGACUGCUAUUUGCGCAUACACUUACGUUUGUCAUUCAUCUCUGCGAUAUUCGUUUGGACUACAUCGUUUGGAAACAUCGAACUGGCGUCCUCAUCUGUCUGUUUACACUUAACGCUGGAAUCGUGCGCCAUGCAAUGAGUCCAGCAUUACCGAUCAUUCAAACAAGAAUUAGAGCAAAAGCCUGUUAUGAUGGCUCUCACCGCUCCGCCUCUCCCUAUGCGGUUCCCAUGUUGGUGUAGAGCCGUCUAUUCAUAUGGAGGAGAGACCAAACGUGACCUUGGCUUCAUCGAAGGCGACUUAAUAGAAUGCCUCAAUGCUGGCGACGGGUCCUGGUGGAUGGGACGCUUACGUCGCGACAAACGAAUGGUCGGCCUCUUCCCCUCGAACUUCGUCGAGGUCCUCGACGAGUCCUUCGCACCAAGUCCAAUACCAUCGCGAGAUAGCGGAGGAAGCAUCUCGCGAGCAAACAGUCCGAAUCCGAGCAACCCCCAAUCUACGCCACAGAAGUCGAAGAGUAUGUUUCGGAAACCGUUCCAGGCGUAUGCGGCGGCGGGGUCACCGAAUCCAGAGGCCGCGGCACGGCAGACAAUGACACCGCCAGGGAGCUUGAGAUCGUCGCAUAAACCGUUUUCGUCGAUGAAGCGAGCGCAACCGCCUGGUGGGAGUCGAGCAACGUCACCGGCGCCGCCUACACCGUCGCUUAAUGGCCCAUCGCGGCUGGGCGCAGUAUCUCCUGCUCCAAGCAGGUUUCAGUCACGGGCUGCGUCGCCUAACCCUGCUUAUCAACCACAUUUUCGAGCGGCCUCUCCUGCGCCUCCCUCAUUUGCGCCAACAUAUUCUCGUGUGGCCUCUCCCAAUCCUCACUCAUUCGCUCAGACACAUUCCCGUGCAGCCUCUCCCAACCCUCACUCAUAUGCCCGAACUCAUUCUCGUGCAGCCUCUCCUAACCCACACGCAUUUGCUCGACCGCAUUCUCGUGGACCUUCUCCUCAACAUUACUCAUUUGCUCGACCGCAUUCUCGCGCAGCUUCUCCUCAACCUUACCACAUUGAUGAACCUCCACCUCCUCCGCCACCUCAUCGAGUCGCUUACAAUCCGAGCCGUGCUCCUUCUCCAAGACCAUUGUACACCAAUGGAUCACAUACUCCUGAGAUGUCAGGCUCACCGAGCAGAGACGGCUUCACACCUUCACCUCUCACAAGCGCCAUGAAUGAUGUCAUGUCCUCCCUCCACAAUCUUGGUCGUCGGCAAAGCGACGUUGAUACACCAAACGAGCCUCCCACACCACCAAAUAUCUGGUCUCCAGAGUCGUUCAAUGUCAUCUCACAGCAACAGACAAAUAAGAUACGUGCUCAGACAUCCUUAGGAGUGUCCCUGCACGACACCAGCGCCUAUGACGACGAAGGCUAUGACGUGGACGAUGAAAAGAACUACAAUGCCGCUCCCAACGUCGGCAACUAUGUUCAGCGUAUGGAAGCGCGCCUCCGGAAACUCCACGAAGAAGAAGACCGCAAGCGUGAAGCGGCAUCGCUCAACCCAUCCUUCGCUCCCGAAGUCCCUCCCAAAUCUCCGCGACCUGGCACUUCACACGGUUCACACGACGACUCACUCUCACGAAAGAGCUCCCGACGCUCCUUGCGCACCCGCAAAUCGGCUUACGAACUCGGACACAAGAUUGGUCGCACAUUGACGCUGAAAUCCACUGCCACCAACUCCACAUCGAACAGCGCCAACACGAACGCAAGCAACAGCACCCAUGCCACCAGCCAGAGUCUCAUGAGUGGCUACUCCGCCACGGGAAUGAGCGCCACCAGUGCCGGUAGCCUCGCACGACGACGCUGGCCCCUCGGAAUCAGCCGCAGCAGACCAGGAAGCAGCGCGAGCCACCGCGACGCGCACACAAGCUUAGGGUUCAGCCAGUCGAGGCCACAGACACCAGUAACGGGAGUAACUUACCACUCCAGCCACAAUUCCAGUCAACAAGAAUGGAAUGGGACAGAAGGGAGCAGCGUCCUCGGCGGAUUAACUGCGCCGAAGGCCAAGAAGUCCGGGUUCCUGAAGAAGAUGCUCGAGUCUAGCAAGACGGUCGCUGCGUCGGCCAGGAGCACGAUCUCGUCCGCGCAGAGCAUGAGCCGGCCUGGCUCGCGGCAGCAGAAGGUGUCAGCGAUCCCGAAUGGGAUCACGGCAAUUGCGGGAGGGACGGCGGCGACGCCGUCGAGGCCGACAUCGAGCGCCGCGAGGGAUAUGGGGCUGGGGAAUAUGGUGGAUUGGAUGCAAGUGCGGCGAGAUGUGAACCGGUCGAAUUCACUAAGCAAUAACGAGAGGGUGGAGAGGGCGGAACGAUGCCAAAUGUUAGAUCUCGCGGUCAUCUCGCCAGUGGAAACGCUGCUCCACUCGGUGGAAGGAGAUGAAGGACUCGAUGGGCUACCAAUCCAAGAGCCAACCGACUUCGCGAGCUGCAACCUCAGCCUCGUUGACAAGACCGCACGGUUUGUCGCCAACCUACCCCCCAUGACCAACGCCGCAAGCUUGGUCCAAGGCUACAUCUGCCGCCCCUACCGCUCCGACGUGCAGCGCCUCCGCGCCAUCUUCACCUGGGUGGCCGAGCGCAUCGCCUGGGAAGAGGACUUCGACGGCGAGAUCGACACGCGCCGCGUCAUCCAAAGCAAGCGCGGUUGCACCGAGGAAAUUGCGGUCCUCGUCAUGGAAAUGUGCGGUGCCGUCGGCAUCCACGCGGAGGUGGUCCGCGGGUUCCUCAAGGCGCCGGGCGGGGAGCUCGAUAUCGAUAUGGUGGCGCGGCCGAAUCAUUGGUGGAACGCGGUGAUUGUCGAUGGGGAGUGGCGGCUGUUGGAUUGCGCGCUGGCGAGCCCAACGAAUCCGCGGAGAAGUCAGUACUCGAGCGCCGGAUCGCAGGUGGCAGAGACGUGGUGGUUUUUGACGCGGCCUUCGGAGCUGUGCUACACGCAUGUGCCGCUGCUCCCUGAGCAACAGCAUAUCUGCCCGCCGAUGCCGCAUGGUGUGCUCAUGGCACUGCCGUGCGCGUCGCCGACGUACUUCAAGCACAAGCUGCAUAUCACCGAGUUCGACACUAGCCAGCUGCACCUAGAGAAUCUGGAGAUGGCACAUAUUCAUCUCGAGGUGCCCGAGGAUGUGGAGUGCGUAGCAGAGAUUGAGGUGCGCGCAUUCGCGCAAGAUGUGGAUGGCGACUUUUUCGAGAGCGGAGAAGUACAUCGGAAGCCGGCUUUGGCGCAGGCGGACUGGGUGAAUGGGCAGAAGCGGUAUACAAUUAAGGCACUUUUACCAGGGGAUGAGGGACAAGGCGUACUGAAAGUCCAUGCCGGCAAGCGCGGGCUCAAGCACUCCAUAAAAUCCAACCCCCACUCCCUUGCCCUCGCCCUCCCCCUCCGCCAUACCGGCCAAAACCCCCCCUACGCCUUCCUCACCCGGCAUCCCACUCCCCACGCCCAACGCCACGACCUCUACGUUGUCCAACCUCAAUGCCACCGCCUCGCCUGCAACAACACCUUCGUCUUCUCCGUCCGCCAACACCCCUCCACCCUCCUCGCCUCCCCCAACCCGAACGUUGCCCCCUCCCGCGCCCCCUCGCCCAACCCCUUCGCCCGCCCCGCCUCCGCUAUGAGCAUGGCCAGCGUCUCCGCCGCCGGCAGCCAGUUCAGCCAUCCGAGCACGUCGAGCGGCGGCGGUGGGGAGCGGAAGCCGGCGAAGUUGGCGGUGCAGAGUCCCGCGGGGAAAAUCAUUCGAUUGACGAGACGGAGCGAGAUGGGGGAUGGGCAGUCGGCGGGGGGGACGUGGGAGACGGUGGUGAAGAUUGGGGAGUUGGGGACGUGGAGGGGGUUGGUGUUGGCGGAUCGGAGUGCGAGGUGGUGCGUGUUUGCGGAGUGGGAGUGUGUUUGAGGGUAAGGGGAGAAACUCAUUGGACGUCUUGCGAUUUUCAGCCGGGGGAGUUCUUGGUAAUGGAUGGGGGAGUUAUGCGCUUUGAGAAUGUUGGUUUGGUCUAUGGUCUGUCUGGAGCAUUUGGUGCGGUCAUGGCAUUCAGGGGCUGAUGGCAUCCAGAAAGUUAUCCAUCUUUUUCGGUUACGGAAUGGCCGGUAGAGGCUGGAUUAAAUUUCAGAUAGCAAUCGUAUGUGCCAAUUCAUAAUGGCGUUCGAC